AUGUCUGCUACAACAAAAAAAUUAAUAACUAAAUCAUUGCUCGAGGAUGGAAACUCAAGAUUUAAAGUUACUUAUGAACUUACUGGUUCCUCAUACACUUCGUUUCAAUUAAUUGAUGAAAUGACUCAAGAUACUAAAACGUUUGAUCAAUUCAGUACUCAUUAUGAAAAUCUAACAAUUAUUGAUUCAAUUAUGUCAGGGAUAGGUAGAAAGCCGCAAACAGAUUUUUAUCAAAUUGUAAUUAAACCUGUGUUAAACUUUUCAAAUAUUAAACAUGAAUAUUUAAAGACUGAAUCCGCUGAUUCAAUUGAAACCUUUGCUAAACGAUUAAAAACAAAUCAAAAUUAUACAAUUAUAUUUCUUUCUGGAGAUACUAGUAUUUCUGAAUUGGUCAAUAAUUUACCUGUUUUGAUUGACGAAACUACCAAAAUUAGAAAAUUUAUUAAAAUUGUACCCAUUGCAAUGGGUUCAGCUAAUGCUUUAGCCAACUCGAUUGGACUUGGAAAUCCCAUAGAAACUUUUGAUAAUUUUUUACAUGGAAUGAAACGAACCACUGCAUUUCCAUUAUAUAAAGUGAUUUUCCCUAAUGAGAAACAGAUUAUCUUUUUCAUUAUCUUUUCAAUGGGGUUCCAUGCUAAUCUUUUACAUCUUUGUACUCUGGAUCCUAAAUAUUCAAGUCUUGGUGUUGAAAGGUUCCAACUGGCAAGUACAGAAAUAUUAGAUAAUUAUGACCUUAACCUUAAAUUAGAAAUUAAAUUAGCUAAAAAAACAAUUGUUUCACAGUUUGCUUAUUUUGCUCUUAUUAAUACUCCAAAUUUAGAAGAAAAAUAUAUUCCAUCUCCACAAUCUGACCCUUUUAUGAGUCAAUUACAUAUCUUAGGUUAUUCUUCUGAUUUAUCACCACGACAGUUGACAGACAAUAUUUUAAACGGUUAUACUUUAACACGGGGUGAUCAUGUUGCAGGAUCUGGUACUGUUUAUGAGUCAGUCACAGAAGACUUCGAUAUUACAAUCAAGACUGAAAUACAAAAGGAUCCUAAAUAUAUGAUGGAUGUAUGUUGUGAUGGGAUUUUAGAAAACUUAAAUGAUAUGACGUCAGAAGAUUUAAAAAUCAUUAAAAUUAAAUUCUUAAAACCUAAUGACUUGGCAUUUAACUUAGAGAUUAUGCAACCAGAAAAUUAA